AGUUUGUUAAAAAAACGCCAAAAAAUUAUCAAUAAAAAAAAAUAAAGCAUUUACCAUCUUCAUAAAUAUUCUCACCAUCUUCUUCCUUCAAUUUUGCUAAAUUCUAACAAAAUCGUGUAGAUUGGCGUGGGCAGUGACACUCAGUGACCUUUCUUUUUAGAUUUUACUCCUCUUGUCUUCUAUAAUAAUAGUAUAACCAAAAGCAAAAACAGAAUAGAAUGUCUACGCUCCAUUGCCAUUUCCAAAUCCAAAUCCAAAUCCAAUCAGAUAUUUGCUCCGCUCUUCAAAUAGCUUCCUCCACCUUUCGCUGUCUCCGAUCUAGGACUUUCAACCUCCCUCGUCGGCUUCUCCUUCCACCUCUCCAUUCUCAUUCCACCACCUCUUUCGUUUCGCUCCCAAGAGCUUUCUCUAACGACGCUAGCGUUCCCGACAAGCCUUCGAUUUGUACAGCCGACGAGCUCCACUAUGUGUCGCUUCCUAAUUCUGAUUGGCGCCUUGCCCUCUGGCGAUAUCACCCUCCUCCUCAGGCGCCUCGGAGAAAUCAUCCGCUGUUAUUGUUGUCUGGAGUGGGGACUAAUGCCAUUGGAUACGAUCUUUCUCCCGGGUCUUCAUUUGCUAGAUACAUGUCUGGCCAAGGCUUUGACACAUGGAUUCUUGAAGUUCGUGGCGCUGGGCUGAGUGUGCAGGCGUCAAAUUUCAAAGAAUUUAAGGAAACAGCUGAUGCAGUAUCUGAGCAGAUGGAAACCAUGGUUAAGAGUGUGAUAAAGGGAGUUUCUUCUCAGCAGCAGCCAACUAAUGUUUCUGGUUCCUUAUCAGAUUCUGAGAUUUCUUUUCUUAGAGAAGAUUCAAUAGGGAUUGGAACAGCAUGGGAUGAAUCAAAAGUGGUGACAAAGUUAACAGAAAUUUUCAUGCGUUUAUCUGAGAGACUAUCUGGCUUUCUUAGUGACAGCCAAUUGAGACUUAUCUCUGCUAAAUUAUUUGAUCAAAUAUCAAAACUUUUGGAAGAUUCUCAAUUAUCUGAACGCUUUGAGGAGGUAAGGGCAAAGCUUUCCAACUUACUAGAAAAACAACAAAACUCUGGUAUUGCUAGCCAAAUUAGAGAUCUGAGUCAAAGGCUUGUAAAUAUUAUUGAAGAAGGCCAACGAUCUGUUUCACCUCAGUUCAUUGAUAUACAAGAGCGGCUUUCUUCAACAAUAGAAGAUUUUCAGAAACAACUUGACUUGAUUGUGAAGUAUGAUUGGGAUUUUGAUCACUAUCUGGAGGAGGAUGUUCCUGCUGCGAUGGAAUACGUAAUGGCACAGACAAAGCCAAAGGAUGGAAAAUUGCUUGCAAUUGGUCAUUCAAUGGGAGGCAUAUUGCUUUAUGCUAUGCUGUCACGGUGUGGUUUUGAAGGACGGGAACCUAGACUAAAGGCUGUUGUUACUUUGGCAUCAUCACUUGAUUACACAUCUUCAGAUUCGACACUCAAAUUGCUCUUGCCUCUUGCAGAUCCUGCACAAGCUCUUAAUGUCCCCGUUGUUCCCUUAGGAACGCUAUUGGCAGCUGCUUACCCUUUAUCAUCACAGCCUCCUUAUGUCUUGGCUUGGCUUAAUAAUCUAAUAUCAGCAGAGGACAUGAUGCAUCCGGAGUUGCUAAAAAAGCUUGUCUUAAACAACUUUUGUACAAUACCUGCUAAACUUAUUCUGCAGCUCGCAACAGCUUUUCGAGCACAGGGUUUAUGUGAUAGGAGUGGUAAAUAUUUCUACAAGGAUCAUCUACAUAAAAGCAAUGUCCCUGUCCUGGCUAUUGCAGGAGAUCAAGAUAUAAUUUGUCCACCUGAAGCUGUAGAGGAAACUGUGAAGCUUUUUCCUGAGAACUUGGUUAUGUUUAGAGUAUUUGGAGAACAACAGGGUCCGCAUUAUGCACAUUAUGAUUUGGUGGGAGGGCGAUUGGCUGUGGAGCAAGUUUAUCCAUGUAUAGUCCAGUUUCUUAGUCAAUAUGAUUAAACAUGAUAUCUGAGCCAAGAAACACAUCUACGAAAGAUUUGAUAAAGCAGCGAUUCAUUUUUCCUAGCGGUGUUAACAUACCUUUUUGUUGUAAUCUUGGCAGCAUGAAAUGUGCCUAUUUAUGCCAGUCACAGAGUUAAUGUGACUGAUCAUUUUGGCGGAUGCAUUGCAAUUGAAACAAUGGAUGUAGGAAGAACCUUCAAAAUACGUCGCUGAAUUUGUACUAAUGAUGAAGAAAACUCUUGGGGUUAAAAUCACCCAAAAAGGACAAAAAAAAAAAAAGCAUCAACUAAAAGUGGUUGGGACCCGUUUGUCAAAAUGAUUUGGAUUAAGCUCAAUGUUACAAGUUUCUUGAAGAAUUUUUUUGUUUUUUUUGUUUUGUUGCUAAACUAUUGUACUAUGUGUUGUCUUAAGAUAAUCUUGAAGUCCUAAAUGAGGUGUUUGGUUGGCGAAAA